AUGUUGUCCAGCUCAGAAUAUGCUUCCGUGAUGGAAAUGGACGAGGUUCUUGUUCAACACUUUCUUGCUGGGUCUGAGGAUACAGCGGAGGAUAACUUUGACAGUCUGUUAAGGUUAAAAGCUUUGCUUGAGCCAUUAGAUCUCAAGGAUGCCAGGGAUGUGAUUUUUAGAAAUUCCGGAAACCGUCCGGCAACAAUUGAAUGCCUUCGAAAGCUAGAAAGAGCACGCUCUGAUAAAACCGCAAUGAAUGACGGCAAGGAAAGAGCUCACGAAAUAGAUAAAAGAGUUUUUUUUGGAUGGCUAUUCAAGAAAAAGACAAAACCUACUGCGUCAAUACCAUCCCAUAAAGAGACGAGUAACAAUUUUAGUCAUCACGAUACCCCUCUUCGACCGGAGGUGGUGGAGGAUACGCCUCCUCAUACACUUCCGCAUGAAGUACGAGAAGUGCCUGUUCCAAAGGAAAAAUUACAGGAUGUAAGACAGGCUCUAGUAGCUCGUCCCUUUAUCCGGCGAACUCUUGAAGAAGAUCUAUCAAAGGAGUAUAACUUCGCUAGUCAACCCAAUGACGCCUCCUCUCUACAAUCAGACUUCGGUGAGGAAUUUCAAAAAAUAUUUAACCAGUUUGUGCAAUCCGUGUAG